GUAGGGAGACAGAGGGAGGGGUGGAGGCAGGUAGGGAAACAGAGGGAGUGGGAGUGGGAGGAAGACGGAGGCACUGUUUCAGAAGGUGGAUGGGGGAGCCGAUUGAGGAGCUCUUACUGAUGGAUGGUGUUAACUUACUGGACAGUUGUUGCAUCUGCCUUCACCCAGGCAAGUGGAGAAUGUUCCAUCACACUCCUGACUUGUGGAUGGGGUGUGAGGUGAGUCAUUCCCACAGGGUCCCCGGUCUCUGAGCUGCUCCUGUAGACACGGUGUUGAUGUGAUUGGUCCUGUUGAGUUUCUAGUCAGUGGUGACCCCAGUGUGUUCAUGGUGGGGACUGGACAAUGGGAAUGUCAGAGGGAGGUGGUCAGACCCUUUCUUGUUGGAGAUGCUCACUGCCUGGUACAUGUGUGGUGUGAAUGUUACCUAUCACUUCUCAGCCUAUAUCUGAAUGCUGUCUGGGCCUUGUUGCAUACAGGCAUGGGUUCUCUGGGUGAGAGAUAUUGGGGGGGGGGGUGAUAAUGGAAAUGUAUCGUCACAGGAUCUAAUCUCUUCUCUUUGUGUUCACUACCCACACCCUACAGAGAGAGCCAGGUAAGGCACACAGUUAUUAUCACCCCUCCCUGACUCUGUAAACCCCAUUCCCACAUCCUCUACACCCUUUGUCUCUGUAACCCACUCCAGCCCCUACACCCCUUCCUAUUUCUGUAACACCCUCUGGCCCCUACACCCCUCCCUAUCUCUAAAACACUCUCUGGCCCUUACACCCCUCCCUGUCUCUUUGACCACCCCCCCUGCAGUUCUUGCACUCCUCCUGUCUCUGUAACAUGCUCCCUCUCAUGGUGACAAUAUUCUCUCCCCCAGUCUCUGUGACAAUCCCCCCGGCACAGCCCCUAUACCCCACCCUCCCUGUGACCCUACACCCUUCCCUGUCUCUAUGACCUCUCCCCCCACAGCCUCUACACCCAUCCCUGUGACUCAACACCCCUCCCUCCCUGUCUCUGUCCCUCCCACAGACCCUACAUCCCUGUCUUUGUGAAUCUCCCUGCAGCCCCUACACCCCUCCUGUCUCUGUAACAUGCUCCCUCUUAUAGUGGCAAUGUUCUCUCCCCCAGUGACAAACCAAAAGUGAUCUACAGCCAGCCAGCCAUGGCAGAACCAGCAGAUGAAGGUGACUUCAGACAGAAAUCUUCAUUUGUUGUUUGAAUCACUUGUGGAUUCUUCUGAAACUUCAUGACAGUGAACUGACGAUAGUUUUCACUGAGAGCAGUGCGGAUUUUGUAUUUUAAUAUAUCGUGUUGAUUGGGAUCAUCUGUUUCUCUGCUUUUAUAUACAAGGGGACAUUGUGGAGAGCACCACUACCAUAACCUGUGCCCUGGGAGUGUGUGAUGGGACAGUGUAGAGGGAGCUUCACUCUGUGUCUGACCCAUACCUGGGAGUGUGGGAUGGGACAGUGUAGAGGGAGCUUCACUCUAUAUCUGACCCAUACCCAGGGAGUGUGGGAUGGGACAGUGUAGAGGGAGCUUCACUCUAUAUCUGACCCAUACCCAGGGAGUGUGGGAUGGGACAGUGUAGAGGGAGCUUCACUCUAUAUCUGACCCAUACCCUGGGAGUGUGGGAUGGGACAGUGUAGAGGGAGCUUCACUCUAUAUCUGACCCAUACCCAGGGAGUGUGGGAUGGGACAGUGUAGAGGGAGCUUCACUCUGUGUCUGACCCAUACCCAGGGAGUGUGGGAUGGGACAGUGUAGAGGGAGCUUCACUCUGUGUCUGACCCAUACCCAGGGAGUGUGGGAUGGGACAGUGUAGAGGGAGCUUCACUCUGUGUCUGACCCAUACCCAGGGAGUGUGGGAUGGGACAGUGUAGAGGGAGCUUCACUCUGUGUCUGACUCCUGGUGAGUUUUUGAGGGGUGGAAUGGGUUGGAAGUGUAUUACCAUUUUGUAUAUGUCUGUUUUGCAAUGUGUUUUCCCUCCCCUCUGUGAGUGGUGAGAUGUGUUUUCACUGAUAUCCUGUUCAGAUUAUGUUCUCUCCACUCACAAAAAAACUUUUCCUGUGACUGGACAUUAAUAAAAUGUUCCUUUUCUCUUGUCAGUAUUUUCUGAGUUUUAUUCAGUCAGUGACACCUACUGCUAGCCUGUGGGAUCAGGUACAGAAGCAAAAUUUCAUGGUCAAUCAGAUCAAUACCUUAUGAGGACAUCUGUUGUGUCAGUAUUGUCCCUGCCUGUGCCAUCUCCUCUCCCCUCUCUGUCUGCUACAUGUUCCCAUUGUAUACCACCCACCCACCUCUCUUUUUCAGCAAGCUAACCAGGAGCUAACUCAGCCCCAGAUCCGCUCCCCAUAAAACAGAUCACAGCUAAUUUGAUUGACAUGUUAACCACUAAGUUUUGAAGCACCUGAAACCCAGACAAACAAUUCAUCCCACUGCUCCUUAUCCCAGUGAUUGCCCACGCUCCAAAAGCAAAUGUUUCCCCUCCUGCAUCCAACAUGGUGACACCUCAUUAAACACGGACAACUGGUUCAUAAUUCAUUCCGAUAGUGUCAGCACAGAGCCAAGCCCCUCAUCCCAACCAUUGCCCCAUCCCGAGCUCGGCCCCUUCUGUAAAACCAGAACCCGAGGCACUAACCGUUGCAAUAGUGGAGAAGUGGGAGAAAUCCACUGCACGCUUGGGAAAUGUACGUGGUCACAAACACUCCAACACAGGAGCACCAGAUUGAGCAUGCGUCUAGUAAAGGAGGCAAGAAGUAGACAAUGCACAGGAUUAAAAUUAUUCAUAACAGCCCUUCAAAAUUCCUGAGCCAGUCAAACGUUUUGUCCCACUUGGACUAUCCUGAACACCACAGUCCAAUACCCCUCAGCACAGUCCAAUACCCCUCAGCACAGUCCAAUACCCCUCAGCACAGUCCAGUACCCCACACCACAGUCCAAUACCCCUCACCACAGUCCAAUACCCCUCACCACAGUCCAAUACCCCUCACCACAGUCCAAUACCACCCACCACAGACCGAUACACCUCACCAAGUUCCAAUACCCCACACAACAGUCCAAUACCCCUCACUACAGUUCAAUGCCACACACCACAGUCCAAUGCCCCACACCACAGACGAGUACCACUCACCACAGACCAGUACCCCACACCGCAGUCCAGUACCCCACACCGCAGUCCAGUACCCCUCACCGCAGUCCAGUACCCCUCACCACAGUCCAGUACCCCACACCACAGUCCAGUACCCCACACCACAGUCCAGUACCACAGACCAAUAGCCCACACCACAACCAGUACCCCACACCACAGAGCAGUACCCCUCACCACAGUCGAAUACCCCACACCACAGACCGAUAACACCCACCACAGACCGAUACCCCUCAACAAGUUCCAAUACCCCACACCAAAGACCAGUACCCAACACCACUGUCGAAUAACCCUCACCACAGUCCAAUGCCCCUCACCACAGUCCAGUACCCCUCACCACAGUCGAAUACCAGUCCAAUGCCCCACAUUACAGACCAAUAGCCCACACCACAGUCCAAUACCCCACACCACAGUUCAAUACCCAACACUACAGACCAGUACCCCACCCACAGUCGACUACCUCUCACCACAGUCGAAUACCCCUCACCACAGAACAGUACCCCACAUCCCAGACCAAUAUCUCUCACCCCUCAGCACAGUUCAGUACCCCUCACCACAGACCAAUAGCCUACACCACAGACCAGUACCCUCCACAGUCCAAUAAAUACCCCACUCCACAGUCCAAUAAAUACACCAUUCCACAGAACAAUAGCCCACACCGCAGACAGACCAAUACCCCACACCAAAACCAAUGCCCCACACCACAGACCAGUCCCACUCACCACAGAGCAAUACCACCCACCACAGACCAGUACCCCACACGUCCAAUACCACACACCACAGACCAAAACCACCCACCACAGACCAAUACCCCUCACCAAGUUUCAAUGCCCCACACCACAGUCCAAUGACCCACGCUACAGUCCAAUGCCCCACGCCACAGACCAAUGCCCCAUGCCACAGACAUGUACUACUCGCCACAGACAAGUACCCCACAUCACAGUCCAAUAUCUCUCACCAAUUUCCAAUACCCCUCACCAGUCCUGUACCCUUCUCCACAGUCCAAUACCCCACACCACAGAACAAUACCCCAGACUGUAGUCCAGUACCCUUUACCACAGUGCAAUACCCCACACCAAAGACAAAUACCCCUCACCACAGUCCAGUACCCAACACCACAGUCCAGUACCCACACCACAGACCAGUACCCCUCACCACAGACCAGUACCCCUCACCAGUCCAAUACCCCUCACCACAGUCCAGUACCCAACACCACAGACCAGUACCCAACACCACAGUUGAAUACCCCUCACCGCAGACCAGUACCCACACCGCAGACCAGUACCCCACAUCCCAGACCAAUAGCCCACACCAUAGACCAGUACACUCAACAGUCCAAUAAAUACCCCACUCCACAGAACAAUAGCCCACACCGCAGACCAGUGCCCCUCACCUCACAGACCAAUACCCCACACCACAGUCCAGUACCCAAUACCACAUUCCAGUACCCCACACCACAGUCCAGUACCCCACACCAAAGACUAAUAGCCCACACCACAAACAAUACCCCACACCACAGACCAGUACCCCUCACCACAGUCGAAUACCCAACACCACAGUCCAAUACCCCACACCACAGACCAAUACCCCUCACCUCAGACCAAUACCCCUCACCAAGUUCCAAUGCCCAACACCACAGUCCAAUAGCCCACACCGCAGUCCAGUGCCCAACACCACAGUCCAGUACCCCUCACCACAGUCCAGUACCCAACACCGCAGACCAGGACCCCACACCACAGUCCAGUACCCAACACCACAGUACAGGACCCCACACCGCAGACCAAUAUCUCUCACCCCUCACCACAGUCCAGUACCCAAUACCAUAGUCCAGUACCCCACACCAAAGACCAAUACCCCACACCAAAGACUAAUACCCCACACCAAAGACCAAUACGCCAUACCAAAGACCAAUACCCCUCACCACAGACCAGUACCCCUCACCACAGACCGGUACCCCUCACUACAGUCCGGUACCCCUCACCACCGUACGGUACCCAACACCAAAGACCAGUACCCCACACCACAGUCCAGUAACCCACGCUAAUGACCAAUAACCCACACCAAAGACCAAUACACCUCACCACAGUCCAGUGCCCCUCACCACAGUCCAGUACCCAACACCACAGACCAAUACCCCUCACCACAGAACAGUACCCAACACCACAGUCGAAUACCCAACACCACAGUCCAAUACCCACACCGCAGACCA